CAAUAAAGCAGUCCGUGACCUUCCCUUUUUACCCAACAUGAUUCCACCGAAUCCUUCCAAGAAAACCCCACCGUUUCCUCCUACUCUCUCCUCGUCACCACCAACUCAUGGCGCCGUCCCACGUCCUCUCCGCCGUCGUCGCCGCCAGCUCCCUCUCUCUCCUCUUCCUCGCCGCCACCGUCGAAACACUGACGCUCCCCGUCGCUACAAACGCACUCGCUCCAUUUCUAACAAACCGACGCCGAACCUACAGAGAAGAAUUCCUUGAAAUGCACAACAAAUAUCGAGGGAUGGUUAAUCUUCCGCCGUUAACUUGGGACAGGAAUCUCACGCGAUAUGCGCGGCGAUGGGGCGCCAAACGCGCCGUCGACUGUAAAAUUGUCCAUUCGUUCGGUCCGUACGGCGAGAAUAUGUUUUGGGGGAGAUUGGACCACUGGACGCCGUCCAAGGUGGUGGAGUCAUGGGGCGAAGAGGGCCAACAUUAUCAUAUGAACAAUAAUCAAUGUGACGCCGGCCAAAUGUGCGGCCAUUACACGCAGAUUAUUUGGAAGGAAACGCUCCGGUUGGGCUGUGCCAGAAUUAGGUGCCUUAACGGAGAGUUUCUCGUGAUCUGUGAGUAUGAUCCGCCGGGAAAUUACGUCAGUGAGAAACCGAUUUGAUUUUCCCGGCGAAAAUUGUCGACCAGC